UCGGCCCCGCUCUCCCCUUUGUCGUCGGGCGCCAUGCGCAUGCCUCUCGCCAAAAGGCACACAAGGGGCGUCGCAUGCGGCACUGGCUCCCUUGUUUCUGCCGUGCGCCACAGCCCGGCGCUGCGGGUGCUGCUGCAGGCGCGGGACAAGGGCGGGACGCACAGCAGCGUGACUUCAAAGGAAGAGGCGUCGUGUGCGUCGGUGCUGCGCGGCUCCGGAACGGCGAGCUGCGCCUCUGGGGCCCGGCCGAGCGGCACGGCGUCGGCUGCGGCUGCGGCCCGGCAAGCUGCAGCCGCAUGCAGCAGCGCCGCAGCAACAGCGGCAGCAUGCGCCGCAUCGCGUGUGUGCUUCUCGGCGGCGGCGAGCGAGCAUCACGCCCUCUCAGCGCAGCGCCUAGCCUGCAAUGCCGACGAUCAGCGCUCCAAGGAAGCGUAGCUCCUCUGCUGGAGCUCGGAUGCGCCGUCGGGAGCCCCCACCGCUGCUCAGCAGCCUCGCACUUGAUAGGUCCAGCUGUGCCGCGACGGCUCGCCACUCCACACCUGGCUGUAUGCUGCCUCGCGCGGGCCUCGGCAGCGACAAAGGACGGCGGUGCUCGUCCUCCAGCGCAACCUCAGACGCAGGGUCGGUGCCGGCAUGCGCUCCUUGCUGCGCCGCCGAGCGGCUUGGCGGUGCCCGGAUUUGUGAGGCGUCCGCCGGGGCCAUCUGCCUCUCGCAGCUGUCACGGCGCCAGGGCGGCAUCUUGCCCUCGCCCGCAGCCGCCGCUGCAGCGGCAAGGGCAUGGUGGCCCACGGCCGCGUCGGGGCAGCGGCCGCGCGAAGAAGAAGUGCCCGCGGGAGGCGUGAUGAUCUGCAGAGGUGCAGCAUGCUGCAUGCUAAGGCUGCCUUUCUGCUGCUGCUGCCGCGGCCCCGGGCUGCUGCGAUGCUGGGACAGAGGGGAACACGGCGGCGCGCGAGCAGGCAGACCGCAGCAGAGAGACCGCAGGCUGCAGCUUGUAGCGGGCCAGAGACCAACACCUCGGCAUCGGAUCACGCGCACGAGCUGCGCUGCCGACGCGCCCGCUGCCGACCCGACUCACCCUUUGUCGCCAUCACCCGUCCCGCGUGUGCCGCAUCCGCCGCCCGGCUCAUCUGUCCGCCGAGCCACAGCUCAGCGGGAGGCUGCCUGCCCGCGCUGGCACAUGCACGCCUGCUGCAGGCCCAUGCACGAGCGCUCAUCAUGCUGCCGCGAUUCGCUCUCGACGGCGGCCCGGUCCGUGCUCGCGAGGCCGCGGCCGGCAGCGAGACAGGAUGUGAUCUCCAUGCUGCUCGGCUGCCGCGAAAGGGUAUAUGACAUGGCUGGCUCGCCUCGAGAGGCCCACUCUGUCCCUCACUCCCGCUCACCUCUCUCGUCGAGUCGCCUCUCUGCUCUGCCUCGCUGCUCUCCUCUCGUCGUCGCCGUCUCGCAGCUGCCAUCCAGCCACGUCUCUCGCCUCGUCUGAUCUGGAGCCCGAACCUGCUCCGCCGCUGUCGCUCCGCUCUGCCCCGUGCUCAGUCUAUAUAGGCCGCCUUCGCCGAUCCUCAGACGGCUCGAGACGACCUCGCCUCUGCUCACUCGACUCCUCACUCGCGCCCCUCUCACACCUCCCGGCCGAGUCUCCACGCCGCAGCCCGCCGCUCUCGCACUCCACACCACGCCGCAGCAGCCUCUCGCAUCCGCUCCGACCACCGGACCCUCGGAUCCGACCCUCUCCACAGUGCCCUCACCCGCACACGCACUCUGCUGCUGCUCUGCAAAAGCACCCUCGUGCCUGACACGCGCCCGAAUCUCUCGUGCGAGCCUGCUC